AUGAAGAAUUUAAAGAAAGGAAUUUUUUUAAUUUUUUUCCAAGCAAGUUUUUUGAUAAUAAAUUGUUAUCAAAAUUAUACCAGGCCAAAUGCUAGUAUUGCUGAACCAUAUCCAACAAUUUUUGAAGAAACUUAUCCAGAAACUAAUAAAUUGGAUUUCUUAGCAUUUGGUGAUUGGGGAUAUCAAGGAACCGACUCUAAACAAUCAGUUGUUGCUAAUGCAUCAGAUCACGAAGGAGUUGAUUCAAUUUAUGAUCCUAAAUGGAAGUCUAGUUGGCUUGAUGUUUAUGGUGGUAAAUUAAAAGAUCUUGUUUGGUAUACCGUUGCAGGAAAUCAUGAUUGGUUUGUUAAAUCUUUUUCAAAAAUUUCUUCUAAAUUUUCUAAUCCCUUCUAUUACCCUUAUGAUAAUCUAACAGAUGCUGAUAACCUAAAAGGGACCUUGUUAGCAUUAGGUUUACAUACUCCUGAUGCAAUUGAAACAAAGAUAAAAUGGAUAGAACAACAACUUAUAAAUGUUCAAGAUUCUAAAUGGAUUUUUGUUGUUGGACAUCAUCCCUUAAUAGCUGGUAAUUGUUCUUCUAUUUAUUAUAUGUCUAGAUUACCUCCUCUUUUUGAAAAAUAUAAUGUGUCUGCUUAUCUUGCCGGUCACGUUCACAAACUUGAAUAUCAACAAGUUAAUUCUACUUCUCAUGUUGCCUAUUUUACUACCGGUGCCGGUAGUAAAACCCAAUUUGAGGGUUGUGAUGGUGCUAGUUGGUUCAUGCCUGGUGGCGGUGCUGAGGGAACCAGGGGGUUUUUACAUAUUUGGAUUCAAGAAGACGGUGAAAAGUUAUCGUUUGAAUUUAUUAAUUCUACUACUGCUGAUAAACAGCCUGUUUCUGUUUAUCAAGGUUCUCUUAAUCCUCGUGUUUUAUCUUAA